AUGUCCGAAAACUUGCCAAAAUCUCCACUUUUCGAAGCCAUCGAUAAAAAUCAGACUGAAAUCGCACUUUCCAUGCUGAAAACGGCUGAAAAUGCGGCUGAGCGAGAUCAAAAUGGGAUGAAUGUGUUGGCGGCGGCUGCGUAUCGAGGAAAUGUCGAGAUUGGAAAACGGGCGGUGGAAUUGGGCAAUGAUGUGAAUGACAAAACGCAUGACUCAGGUUAUACUCCGCUGAUGUUUGCCGCAUUGUCUGGUGAGUUUUUUCGGGGUGCAAAAAGCUGAAUUUUGAGCAAAAUUGGAUGAAAAUGAGCCAUUGCUCAUAUUAAUCACAUUUUUCCGAAAUUUCACUUUUUUUUUCUGAAGAUUUUGAGGCAGACUUUGAUUUUCCUGAAUCUUUAGCUAAAAAAUCAGAAUUUUCAAGAAGUUUUGAAUUUAUAAGUGUUGCUCAUGUUAACCUCAUCUUUUGGCUGCAAUUCUUGAAAUCUAAAAAUGUUUACGAAUUUUUAUGGAUUGCUCAUGCUAGCCUAAAUCUGAUAUUGUUUAAAAAUUCCAGAAAAUUUGACUAACAUGAGCAACUGCUCAAAAAUCAUCCAAAACUUGGAAAUCAGCUCAUUUUGAACUAGAUUUCGUCCAAAAUCGAUUAACAUGAGUAAUCCUUUUCCCGCCAAAAAUUAUCGAUUUUUUCUCCGCAGGAAAACCCGAAAUGUGUCGACUUCUAAUGGAUAGCGGUGCAAAAUGUUACCUGACCAACGGAAUCGGAAAAACCGCUUCCGAAUUAGCCGCCUUUGUUGGACAUCACAAUUGCACGGCAAUCAUCAAUAAUCAUAUUUCGGUUGAUUUGAUUGAGACAUUUUUGAGGCCGAAAAUCAAUGGAGAAAUUAGUCAGGAGGAUGAAAUUUAUCCCGGUGAGCAAAAUCAAUAUUUUUAUCGUUUCCAGCUCGAAAAAUAACCCUAGAACCAAGUUUUUCACUUAAAAACCGUGAAAAAUUAAACAAAAUAACAACGACACUCCGCAAUGACGCACCCGUGUAGUUCUCCCGGACAAGUUUCGGAAUUUUUCGAAUAUCGCUUCUUUUCGGGUUUUCUUGAAUUCUAGGGUUAUUUUUCGAGAUUUAGAAUUUGGGAAUGGUUAAAAUUGAUGGAAUUCAAUAGGGGAUUCAGGAUUUUCAGCGAAAAUCUGGAAAUAUUAAUUCUACCGGAUUUUGCUCGCAAAAAACGAUUUUUCUUGAGUUCUAGGGUUUCUUUUUGAGAUUUUGAAGCUGGAAUAGGCUAGAAUCCAUGAAAAUUUCAGAUGAGCUCGUCAAAUUCAUCCAUAGCUUAUGUGCGUCUCACGAAGUUCACCCAGUCAAGAUUAUUUUCCGAUUUAGUCAAUAUCCAGAUUCGAUGAAGUAUAAGAAGAAGGUGAGAGGAUUUUAAUAUGAGCAAUAGCUCAAAAAUUAGGAAAAUUAUGCAUUUUUCGACUAAAAAUCAAUUUUUCUUCAGAUUCUCUAUGUUAUUGAUCGAAUUUUCGAGCGUCAACUUCGAUGCAAAGAAGGAAACGAAGUAAUGUCGCUCAAACUCUGGAUAAUCCUAUUUUUCAUGCGAGAAACAUCGAAAUUUGUCGAAAACUCGGAAAAUUCCGAAGAUGCGCCUUUAAAAUACGCGAAAUUGAUUUCGAAAUGGGAAGAAAAUGAGGAAACGAGGAAAACUUUGGAUAUUUUGUUGAGAAAUUCGGUGGCCGCUUUUCCCUAUAAGCAAAGUUUGUUGUAUUCGACGUUGGAUAAGGUGAGGGGCUCAAAAAUUGAGCCUGGAGACUCAAAAUUUCAGAAAAUGCGGUCGAAAUUGAUCUAGAGCAUUUUCAGCCAAAAAUCAAUAAAAAUGACUGAAAAUUGAUCUGAAAAUGAUUUUGAGGCGGAAUUUUUGAAUUUCUAACAAAAUUUGAGCCUUGGAGCUGAAAAUUCGAGAUAUUCAUGUCAAAAUUGAUCCAGAGAACUAUUUUCAGCCAAAAAUUGUAUUUUUUGACUGAAAAUCAACCCAGAGAGCUGAAAGUUCAAGAUUUUUAGGGUUUAAUUCAUCUGAAGCAUUAUUUUCAGCCAAAAAUCAAUAAAAAAUGUUUCAACAGCGGAAUUUUUGAAUUUCUGAAAUUUGAGCCUUGGUGCUGAUUUUCAGAUCAAAAAUAAGUCAAUUGACCGAAAAUUUAGGUUUUUAGCUGAAAUUUCCAGAUUUCUGACCUAAAACUCUCAAAAUUUCGAGUUUUCAGGCGCUCAUCAAAGCUCCAAUUGGCCAACGCCCAACAGCUUUCGAAUUCAUCGUCCAAUCACUUUUCGGUCAACGAAUUUUGGCAGUUUGCCAAUUUUGCUCGGUUUGUGGAGCUGUUGAUGCCAAAAAACGAUGUCCGAGUUGUAAGGUGAGCAUUUUGAGUGGAAAAUAGGGUUUAGGACCACCCAAGAAGAAUUUUGAGCCGAAAAUUUUGAUUUUUCACGAAAAAUUGGGUUCAGAAGCUCUCAGAAAGCUUUUUACAUCAAAAUAUAGAAGUAGGACCACCCACGAAGAAUUUUGAGCCGAAAAUUUGGAUUUUUCAUGAAAAAUUGGGCUCAGAAAGCUUUUUACAUCAAAAAUUUGAAUUCGGACCGCCUACGAAGCAUUUUAAUAUCAAAACUCAAGUUCAAGACCACCCACGAAGUUUUUCAUUGAAUUUUAUCGGUUUGUUUAAAGCAAAAAAUACCACCCACGAAGUUAUAUUAGAUGAAUUUUGCAUUUUUACUUUUAAAAAAUCAGCUCCAGCACCACCCACGAAGUUUUUCAUUGAAAUUUCUCGAUUUUCACCAAAAAGACCACCCAUAUUAUUUUCCAGCUGCCCUAUUGCUCUCAAUAUUGCCAAAAAUUCGACUGGACAAUUCACAAAAAGGUUUGCGCGAAAAUUGGCGGCGUUUUGGAAGGCGAAAAAGCGCAGACCACCCACGACGACGGAUUAUCGAUUGAUGAAAUUCAAGCGAAAAUUGGAGAAAUUGAUGUAUAA